AUGUCAAAGUCAGUGAUUUGUGAUUUACUUCAAAUAUUUAAAAGCAGUGUGUCAGCAGUGCUUCCAGAGAAUCUUAUUAGAAAUUCAAUAAAAUACUGUCCAAUUAAUAAGCAGUUGUUUGUAUUUGAAGAAAUUUAUAAUAUAGCUGAGAGAAAUGUAUAUGUUGUGGGCUUUGGAAAAGCCGUUCAAAACAUGGCUAUUGAGAUAGAAAAUAUACUGGGAUCUAAAAUCAAGCAUGGCAUUGUAAGCAUUCCAGCAGGAAGUUGCAGUCAUAAGUCGGUUAAUAAAAAUAUGUCUUACUAUGAAGGAGCAAGAAAUAAUUUACCAGAUACUAAUGCUGAGAAAACAGCAUCAAAAGUGAAUGAUAUUGUGACAAAACUUAAUAAAAAUGAUUUACUCUUAGUUCUAAUAUCAGGAGGUGGGUCAGCAUUACUGCCGUUACCUAAAGGAUCAAUAACACUGGAGGAAAAAACUAAAUUAAUACAAGAUUUAGGGAAUUCUGGAGCUGACAUAUCAGAACUUAAUACAGUUAGAAAAAGUAUAUCAGAUUUAAAAGGAGGACAGUUAGCAAUCAAAGCUCAACCAGCUGAAGUAGUUUCUCUUAUACUAUCUGAUAUUGUAGGAGAUCCUCUGGAUUUGAUAGCCAGUGGUCCAACUACUGAAAAUCAUGAUAGCCCUUUAAAAACAUUAGAUAUUUUAAAAAAAUAUAACUUACUAAAUAACCUUCCAGAAUCUGUUAAUACUGUUUUAAAAAAUGGUUACGUCUCACAACCAUUCCCAAAGGCAAAUGUACAGAAUUAUAUAAUAGGAUCAAAUAAACUAAGCAUUGCAGCAGCUUUAAAUGAAGCAAAAAAUCUCAACUACUUGCCAGUAGAAUUGUCAAAUGUUGUAAUAGGUAAUGUUACAGCGCUAGCAAAUCAAUAUUCACAAUUAACUAAAAUCUUUUGUGAAUAUUUGAAUGGAAAUUUCAACAUAAAUGCUUUGAGGACAAAGAUAGAGAAGUUAAAAAUACCAGGUAUAAAAUCAAAUUUUAUAGAUAAUAUUAAUCAAAUCAGUCUAAAAUACAAAGAUGUGUGUUUAAUUCUUGGAGGAGAAACAACAGUGGAAGUAAAGGGAACUGGCAAAGGAGGUAGAAAUCAGCAAUUAGCCUUAGAGUUUUCUAACAUUAUCCAUAACAUGAAAGGACAUUUCAAAGGAUUUGAUAUUUAUAUAUUGAGUGCUGGUACUGAUGGUAUUGAUGGCCCUACAGAUGCUGCAGGUGCAAUUGGUCAUCUAGAUUUGGUUACAAAUUUAAAAAACCUUGACAUUGAUAUAAAUCAAUCACUAAACAAUAAUGAUUCAUACAAUUUCUUUAAAAAAUAUAAGAAUGGUGAUUUUCAUAUCAAAACAGGGCACACUAAUACUAAUGUUAUGGAUAUACAUUUAAUAGUAAUUAAAAGAAUCAAAUAAUAAUAAAGAAAAUUUGUAUAUUUAGAAUAUUAGUUUAUUAAUAUUAUUUAGUCCUUUGCUUGGACACCUCUGUCUCAUUCAUGUACUGUGAAGCAGUUUGCACGGCUGUGUUUUGUUUUGAAGGUUGGGAUAUGUCAAUGAAUUUACAAGGUACAGAGGGAUAACACUUGAGUCCUCAGGAAUGGAUGGACACAGGGGGAUGGGGGUAUUAUGAGUAAAACAGUAUAUUAUGUCCGUGGUACUGCUCAUGUAUAUAGGUGAUGGUUACCACUUUCCAUCGGGUGGGCCGUCAGCUUGUUUGCCAUUCUAAGUUGCAUAUAAAAAAAAAAUAUUAUUUUACAUAAAUUAUAUUUUAUGUGUAUUUUUAUACUUUCUUUUUGGAAUUAUGUGCGUUAUGGACAAGGUAUUAAUGAGAGCAUUAUACAAAAUGCCUGGGGUUUAUGAAUAAUGGCUAGCUAUAUCGAACCAACUGAUUAAUCAUAAUCUAAAUUUCAUUAUUUAUCACAUUAUCUGGUCAUUAUGAAUAUUGCUACGUGACCAUUGGACAAAAUGUUAAUAAAGCUAUAAUAUAUUGGACGAGUUGCGAGACGGGAGGGGACAACCCCAAGAUAUGCGUUGAGCAGUAAGAACGGAAUGGCAGCAUGUGAAACAAUUAUUACUGUUUGUUUAAGUAAUUAAUCAUCAAUAUAAUAAUAACAAAUCAUCGAUUUGACGAAAGAUUGAAUAAAUUAAUAUCGCUAAAAGAACAAAAUCAGCGUUUGCAAAGAUUUGACGUCAUGACUUUUUAGGUUUAUUUAAGUUUAACAUCAACAUAAAAAUAAUAGUAAUGAAACAUGUUUUUUACUACUUUGUGUAUGUGAUGAAUAUUAUGUAUAAUGCCCGGGAAAUUUGAAUACUUAUUAUCAAUAUACCUAAUUAAUAGUUAUUCAAAUUAUACCUAUAAUUAGAUUUAAUUUUUUUAACCUAACAUUUUUAUUUUUUUAAUUAUAUAUUUAAUACAAUUUUUUAAAUAAUAACAC